UACAGUUCUUUCAUUUCCUCGUGAUAAAUGUCCACUGUUUUGAGUUAAUUUUUGUUUUUCCUCAUAGACUUCACUUUUCGAGAAAUUGGACAAAAUUAAAUUCUCAAGAAAAAUAAAAAUUGCGAAUGUGAAGUGAAACUAUCUCUCUGUUUGAAUUAGGCGACAAUGAUGUCCGGAUGACUUUUGCUGGUCAAUUUUUUUUACUGUGAUCAUUGCGGAAAGCAGUCUUCCUCUACAGACCUUUAGCCCAGUUGAACAUGGAGAUCUCUCAGAAAAGUAUUGAGUAUCUUACAGCGGUUGAAAAACAAGCUGAGGAAAUUCUCACAGACAAAAAUGAAAUAAUCGGGCUGGAUCAACGGCGGAAUGAUACACGGAUGGGAUUGCGUCAUCUGCAGAAAGAAAAGCCCAAAGGCAAAGUAUGGAUGGCCAGUGGUCCUGUGCUGAUCAAGCUUUCAGCAGACAAGGCUGAAACAAUACUGAAGAAAGAUCAAGUAAAUACUGACGCAGAAAUAAAUAAAAUCCGAAGCGACUUAAAGGUGAAGGUGAACAGGCUGAGGGAUCUAGAAUAUCAAUCACCUGUUCCCGGUCUAACGCUGCAACCCAUGAGUGGAGCCGAAAUGAGCGCUAUAAAUCAAGUUUUGGGUGGACAUUCUUAGCAGUUAAGAUCACUUUUAAAUUUAAGUUUUCAUGUCAUUAUUGUAAUCAUCAAAAUAUGAAUACAAAGCAAUUCUGUGAUAAA